GUUCUUCAUCAAUGGCACGGUUUUCUGCACAACAUUGCAUUUCCACCUGGACUAAAGCAACAAAACUUACCGUAUCGUCAAUUCAUGGUAUGCCGCCCAGAGAUAAAGAAACGUGAAUUGCAUCCCGACGAAGGCAGCGUUAGAAAAAUAACAACUAAUUUCUUUUAUGGAACUUUAAUUAAUAUAAAAGGACAAAUUGAAGAUGAUUUGCUUCUUCGCAAAUGUGUUUUUUUUGGCGGUUUGGAGAAAGGCUUAAGAAGAACAAUAUGGCCUUUCUUAUUAAAAUGCUAUUCGUUUUCAUCAACAUUUGAUGACCGAGCUGUUUUUAUGGAUAUUAGAAAGCAAGAAUAUGAAGAAAUAACCCGUAAACGCUUAUACUCGAUGUCGCCAGAAGAACAAAUUCAUUUCUGGAAGUCGGUGCAAUGUGUUGUGGAAAAAGAUAUAGCAAGAAUAGAUCGCUCUAAUGCAUUUUUUUAUGGAGACGACAAUCCAAACAGAGAAAUAAUGAAAAAUAUUUUGUUGAAUUAUGCCUUUCAUAAUGCAGGAAACAGUUAUUCGCAGGGAAUGAGCGACUUAUUAACUCCAGUAUUGUGUGAAAUACAAAAUGAAUCGGAGACGUUUUGGAGCUUUGUAGGUUUACUACAACGUUCUCUUUUUGUGUGUGCACCUACCGACGCAGAUAUCGAUAAAAACUUAAACUAUUUGAGGGAACUAAUCCGCAUUAUGUUGCCUCGGCUCUAUGAGCAUUUACAAUGUCAUAGCAGUUCAAUGGAGCUACUUUUUUGUCACCGAUGGCUAAUUUUAUGUUUUAAACGCGAGUUCACCGAAUCUGUGGUUAUCCGAAUGUGGGAAGCGUGUUGGUCCAACUAUCUUACUGAUUAUUUUCAUUUAUUUUUAUGUCUGGCAAUUAUUGCCGUUUAUGCCGACGAUGUAGUAGCUCAGGAUUUGCGGGCAGAUGAAAUGUUAUUUUAUUUUAGUUCACUCGCUAUGUAUAUGGACGGAGAAUUAAUUCUUCGAAAAGCUCGUGGUCUAUUAUAUCAAUAUCGCCAAUUAUCAAAAAUACCGUGUACUUUGAGUGGCUUAUGCAAAAGAUGUGGUCCUGGUAUGUGGGAUUCCGAACACUGUCCAGCUUUGGAAUGUGUCGGUCAUUCGCAUGAUGACAAGUGUCCUUUGGAUAUUGAUUGAACUAUUUGCUUACAAUGCAUUCUAAAAAAUCUAAAGUCUAAUGCUAGAUACUCUGCUUGCAUUUUUAGUUCGAUAUUAGUGUUACCAUGAAUUUAACUCCUAUGACCCAUAUGUAUUAUUAUUUAUAUAAAGGGUAUAUUAAGUUUGCCAAGAAGUAACACAAAGAAAGAAAAGUGAAGAUCUUAGAAUAAAUGUAUGUAUAUGAUUCGCGUGAUGGGCUGAGUGGAUUUAGCCAUCUACAUUCCUGUAAAAGAGCAUGAUAUUUUUCUCUCCAAGCAGUUUCUGAUAGGCUGUUUUCGCAGUAACCAUUGGAGAGAAGCCGCCCUCUUAGGAACAUGAGGAGAGCAUUCCUCUAUCGUGUCGACGAACUUCACAAAUUUACCGACCACAUUUCGGACGCGACCAAUUUUCUACAGGCUCUGAACUCCAUUUACCUUGGCUAUUAACACCCUCUUUGACUGUCUCCCAGUGAAUGUACUUGGAGUCCAAACACUACCCAUCGCACAACCAGAGCUCGAGUUGCCGAGUAAAACAAGAUUGACACUAGCGUAACUUCUUGCACUCGACCUUUUCCUCCCAAGAAGCUGCUGAUUUGUCAUAUAUAUGGUAGCUAUAACUAAACUAAACAUUCAAAGACAAGAUAUCUUCAUGAAAUUCGGCAUAGACUAUCCCGAAGAAAUCGUGCAACUCGGAUCACUAGAUGCCAUACAAACUGAACUAUCAAUCUGAAGACUCUGUAUGGAAAGCUUUUUUAAGGGAUCGUCUCAGUGUGAAAUUCUCGAGAAUUCGAUUUUUUUUUUUUUUUGCACUGCAUUGUCGGAUAGUUUACACUCUAAAUAUACUCUCAAACUUUGAAGUCGAAAUUCAAAUUAUUACAGUGUUUCUUGUAGAAAGGGAACAGAGUGUGGAACACUGCAACUACUAUCUUUAAACACUUUUAAACAAACACACACUCAGAAUGGUGUUUUUCAAAACGGUUUCCACUACUAAAGGAAGAGUUUAGAAGAUAUCUAGUUUCAAUUUGGAGAGAAGAUUUUUAACAUCAUUCGCUAUCGCGCUAUGGAACCUUUAAUUUUUUUUUUAUAAUCUUCCUAUUUUUUUCUAGGAAAUACUGUCGAAAAUUUUGUCAAUUUUCAAAAAAAAAAAAAAACAGAACUUCCAUAGAUUAAUACAGAUUAAUAAUCUCUUUGAAAUUUUUGUUUUAGACCAAUAUUACAGCCGCAAUCGUGGGCAUCGUACAGGACCUCUUUUUUACAUGUAAUUUCAACAAUUUCUUUAACUAUUAUACACACAAUAAAUAAACAUAAAAAA